UGUGCUGGCAUGCGAUGUUCAUGGGAUUGGCAGACGGGUUUUGUUUACAGCGGGGCGCUGGCUCGAGUUCCCGUUGGCACCGCGCCUAUCACGCCAUGGAGCCGGUGCAGAUCAUGGCCAUGGCCUGCAAUGACAAGUGCUGCGACUUCAAGCCAGUGAAGCUUCAGCGUAGGCCAGUGGGCGAUUUCGACGUCCUGGUCAAUCUGAAGUACUGUGGCGUUUGCCACACAGAUGUAGAUGCAGCAGCUGCCAAGAGCACCUUCCUGCCCAUCAUGAAGUGCAAGUACCCCUGCGUUCCGGGUCACGAGCUCGCCGGCGUGGUGGAGAAAGUGGGCGCCAAGGUCACCAAGUUUCAGGUUGGGGACCAGCUGGGUGUCGGCUGCCUUGUGGACUCCUGCUUGGAGUGUGCUGCCUGCAGGGCUGGGGAGGAGGAGAACUGCCAAAGGGCGGUGUUCACCUAUCAAAGCGACGACUGGUCCGGGCGCGCGGCGCCUUACCCCGCCACGCGCACCGUGGACGGACAGGUGGAGAAGAGCCCCUUGCUGGGCGGCUACUCCACCAAGAUCGUGGUGCACGAAUACUUCGCAGUGAAGAUCCCCGGCAGCUUCCCCCUGGAGUACGCGGGGCCGGUGAUGUGCUCGGGCAUCACCAUGUACUCCCCGCUGCGGCGCUACGGCGCCACGGUCGGCACGCACGUGGGCAUCGUGGGUCUGGGCGGCCUCGGGGUGAUGGGCAUCAAGCUCGCCAAGCAGUUAGGCUGCGUGGUGACCGCCAUCUCCCGCUCCGAAGCCAAGAAGGAGCUGGCUACCAGGGCUGGGGCCGACCACUACCUCGCGACGGCUGCGGCUUCGCAAAUGGAGGCGGCCAGAAAUUCCCUGGACAUCAUCUUGGAUACCAUCCCCACGGACCAUGACAUCAGCCCGUACAGGAGCUUGCUGGCCUCUCAGGCAAGCAAGCUGGUGAUUCUGGGGAUCAAUGCGAACUUUACGGGCGCCUUCGUGGCAAGAAAGCUGCUGGGCAACAUCUGCCGCGUCCAAAUUUCUGGUAUCGGAGGCAUCGCCGCCACGCAAGAGGUCAUCGAGCUGUGCGACCAGGCAGAGCCGAAGAUAUUGCCGGAGAUCAAGAUCAUGCCGGUGCACGAGUUGAACAGCAUCUUCGAGUUACUGGAUGCUUCCAACGACGCGGGCAUCAGGUAUGUGCUGGACAUCGGCACGUUGGACGAGUCCACAGCCGCGCAGUGCACCGCGCCGCCCCCGACGCUGGCAGCGCCUCCCGUGCAGCUGUCGAUGCAGAGCACGCUGCAGCGCGCAGCAUCGAUCCUUUCCCAGGAGUGCUCAGCAAGCUGCUGCGUUCACUGCCUCACCUGUGGGCUGUUUUUGCCCCAGCCGGUGGGCACUCGCGCCAAGCAAUCCUAGCUCCAGGAGAGAA